AUCUUGAAAGCUCGUAACAUCGGCGCAAACAAGUUCCUCCCCUCACAAGUGGUCGACAAAUUCCUGAUUCUGCUCCUUGCGAUGAAUCCGCAAAUGUCGUGCAUACAAACGGCUCUCCUGAAGAUGGCGCAACUGCACUAUCUUCCUUUACAAUUGCUGGCCCCUUGAGGCGUCUGAUUCCCCUCAACUGUUUCACCAUUGCAGCUAACAGGCCUGUCUCAACAGACAUCAUGAAGGCCAGCAAAAAGACUCCCCAUGCCGCUUCGAUGUCCUCAACUCUCUCCUGCUGUGAAAAUGCACUUCUUUGCUCGUAUCCUCCUAGCUGGUCUGGCUGCUGCGGUGCAAGCACAAUGGCAGCAUGUGUCUGACGCCGAGUUUCAUUCCCUUGUCGACUCGAACGAUCUCUUGCUUGCAGCGUUCGUUGCGCCAUGGACAGGUCCUUGCAAGUCCCUCGCUUCAGAGUGGGCGGCCACGAAGUCUCAACUCACCUACCCAGCUGUGAGCAUAGACUGUACCGCGAAUCAAACCCUUUGCUCUGCGCACAAUGUGCACUCUUAUCCUGCCAUACGCCUCUUUCGUGGACCUCAUGAGUGGGUCCGAUAUAGGGGCCCGCGCAAAGCAUCUGCCAUCGUACCCUUCGUUCGACGUGCCUCGCUGCCAGUGGUGUCGGAGGUGAAUAUCAAAAAUAUCACGGCUUUGACUGGGAUAGAUCGUGUGACGUUUGUGGCAUAUCUGAAGGAGGAUGAUCAUUCGAUGAGAUCAAGAUUCACAAAGGUAGCAGAGACAUUCCGAGACCAGUUCGUCUUCGGGAUUUCGAACGACAAGAGAUUGGCAGAGAAGGAGAACAUAGCGUUCCCGUCUAUCAUUGCUUACAGAACGGAUGUUGGCGAUCAGGAGGUCCUGCAGGGCACCGUGACCAGAUCUGUCAUCGGGAAGUUCAUCCUUGAGGCAGGGAAGCCACUCAUCGAUGAGCUGACUCGACGCAACGAAAUCGAUUAUAUGAGUGUAACCUUGACCACCCCUCUUCUGACGCGCGAUUGAUACUGAUAUUUGACUUCCACAGUCCCAUAAACUUCUCGCCUAUAUAUUCGUCGCCGACGACGCCGACCGCACCCUUUUCCGUCGAAAGCUUCACCCCGUCGCAAAGCAGUACAAGGACUACGUGAACUUCGUCACCAUUGACGGCGAUGAAUACGGCCACAUGGCCGCAAGCCUUGGACUGCAUAGGGGCCACUACCCGAGCUUUACAGUGUACAGCGCCUGGAAGGACCAAGUGUUUCCUUAUCCAGCGGUGAAACGAAUUGAGGCGGAUAACAUAGAAGCAUUUCUCUUGGAAAUUCUACAUGGGGAAAGAGCGCCAUGGAGUCCCAGCGGGACGGUACAAGGACAGCACGAUGAGCUGUGAGCUUUGACUGUGUCAAAUUGCCCUGCACCUCUCGAAGCAUUGGGAGGCCCUGAGCCAGACCUGCGUCACAGCGCGCGAGCCUGAGCCACCAUCAAACUAGCUAGUUGACAAGAGAAACAUGAACCUCGGCACCCCUAACUCAUGUUCGUUGCAUAUACCUUGUCAAGCUG